UUGGCUCUCCGGCUGCCCCGCCGGUCCUUCCUUUUUGGGAACACGUACGUACAGGAGUAUUCGCCGGCGCUUGACCGCUAUGUCUCUCUCUGGGCUACCCAGUUAUGCUGCAAAUAUGCCGUGCAGAAGACGGCCAGAUAUUCGAGGUCGAUGCAACAUUCCGGGAUAUUGAUCGGUUCGGGGGUCUGGAAUACUUUCUGAAAGAACAGACUGGAGUAGACGAAGAAAACAUACUUGCAUAUCUACCGGAUGGACAUAGGCUGCGCAGCGAGAAUCUGAGGGAACUGGCUGGAACCCAGGACCAAACAGUCUUCGUAUUCAACAAAUCUUACCUGGAUCUCGAUAUUGAUCUGGUUCUGAGGCAGUUACGAGUCGAUCCCCCGCUUCAGCCUUUAGUGGAAGACACUAUCGCCACCUCUUCUACACCGCCAGUUCGCCCUUCUGUACUGUCAUCCUCAUACCUGCACUCGGCCCAUGCUCAUUUUGACGCGGCGAACCGCACUUUACACGCGUUACACUGUCAACAAGAAGCGCUACGAAUAGCCUCCAGCUCUCUUGAUCUGCACGCACUCGAUAUCCAAGAUGCGUUCGACACCAUAUUAUCUGGUGCCCAAAAGGAGCUAGAGAAGCAGGAAGCUCUACUCAGAGGCCUCGACUCGGAUUUGGAGGUUGUAUCACGUGUAACCGUGCACAAAGAGUUUCUCAGUGCAAACCUCCGCAGAGCUAUGGAGAUGGGGGAGAAAGCACGGACGUUAGGAGACUAUGUCAGCCAAGUGAAGAUGAGACAGGUUGCAGAGACUUGCCAACGAACACAUGACGACCUCAAGGCGAGGCUGCGGCAAGUUCAGGAUACUAUGACCGAGCUUCGCGAAGGUACCGACGAUGUACGCGCUAUUCUCUAUGAUGCAAGUAUACUAGAUGACUCGGAGCUAUGCACACGGAGGUCUCAGGAUCUUCUAAACAGGAUAAAGGACAUUUCAAUCACGAUAGAAAAAUCAGAAUCACAGUCUGAGCAACAUCUUAAUGAUCUCAGGCAGCUCGAGUCAUCUCUGCGGGCAGAGCUUCAGAGGAUCACUGGGAACAAGAACGACUACACGGAGAAAUUCAUUCGAGCCCUGAGACGGAUUAGUCUGUUGAACAACUAUGUUGUUCAGCUUCCCUCUACCCUGAAGUCCUUGCAGAUGAGCUUCCGCACGAAAACCAGCUUCUCGCAUAUACAGCGGCUACACAAUAUGCUAUAUGCAUAUGGCGCGACAGUGGUCGAGAUAGUUCGCCGGAAAGAGUUCGCGCAGUUCUUCUAUCAGCGCGCCCAGAGCAUCUUGGAGGUCAUGGCCAAGCUAUCGGCGAAUGAACGCAAGCGGCGACAGGUGUAUCGCGGAGAAAUGCACGGCCUUCUGCCCUUUGACACCAAGAGCAUGGACGAUCCCGUCCCCUCAAUCGACUUUUCUCCAGUUGGGUCUAACGAGCUCCCAUACUCGCUUCACCGUGCCGACAUCGAUGACUUCUUGCACGUUUUGGACGAUCUAGAGCGCUUCGCGCGACAAUCGCCGCAUUCGGAUGCUCUUGAGUCAAUAAUGGAAGCUCGCACCGGCAUUGAGAAGCUCCUCAAUAAGAUGGAUACAUUGGAGGCGGGCUUCGACCGUAUCGCGGAGCGAUCUCUCUUGUCAUCGUCAAGGUUCCUGGAGCACCGAAGGCGAAACACCGAGGAGAAUGAGCAAGCCUACGCGGAUCUAGAGCAGCAAAUUUCUCACCUGACAAAAAGCAAGGAAGAGCGGGCAGCGGCAUUUUCCCAGGAGAAACGGGCAUUGGAAGAGGAACUCUCCCGCUUUCGUGCACAGCUGGAUAACUCCGAGACAUCCCGGGAUCAACAGGACCGGGACUUGCAUGCCAUGAGAGCACAGCUUGAGAGCGAGAUCACGUCGAGACGGGUACUGGAGCGCCGUAAUGCGGAGCUACUGGUCGAAGCGGACGUGCAACAGAAUGCCCUAAAGGAUGCACUCGCGGAGGCGACGGAUCAGACGAAGACGGCCGAGAUUCUCCGACAGGAGCUGUCGCACGCGCGCGCCGAGUACGAGGACAUGAAAGCCCUCGAGCAGCGCAACCGGGACAAGAUCCAGUCGCUGCUGGAGGAGCAGGCGAAUGCGCUCCGGCGGCUGGACGAGGCACGGGCGCGCGGCGAAGACCUGCAGGCACAGAUCCAGUCGGCAAGGCUCGAGAGCGACGAGGUCAAGCGGGCGCUUAUGGAGGCAGGCAGAGAGAAGGACCGGCUUUUGCGCGCACAGCUCGCCGAGCACGACCGGAUCAUGCGCGACCACAUCGCGGAGGCGGACGGAGACCGCGCGGUUCUCGAGCACCAGCACCUCGAGCUCAAGGCCUCGCUCGAGGACGCCCAGCGACAGCUCAAGGAUACGCAGGCCCGAUGCGAGACUGCGAAUUCGGAUGCGGUCGGCCUACGAGAGGAGCUCCAGCGGGUCGAGCACGGGCUUCGCGAGGCGCGGCACGUGGAACGGGUCCUCCGCGAUGAUGUCCGCGCGGGCAGGGCGUCUCAAGCGGACUACGAGCAGCGGCUAGAGGAGAGUAGUCGGCUCGUUGCGCAACUGCUUGACGUCGCGGUGGCCUUCCGGCAGACGCAUGUGAAGGCGUUGAACGCUAUCCAGGCGAUGACAUCACACCCCUCGUCAUCCAAGGCCGGUGGCAGUCUGAGCAUGACGGAAUCGGGGCUCGGCGGAGGCGUGCGACGCGGGGGCGCGGUCAUCGUGAACCACAUCGAAGAGCCGUUCCCUGUGGACCCGGCCGACCCAGCAGCGGGCCUCGAAGCGCUCCGGGCCUUUGACCACGACCAGUUCCUUGAGGCCGUAAACAAAGUCGCGCAGACGAUCCGCAAGUGGCAGAAGCAGUGCAAGGAAUAUCGCGAGAAGGCCAAGGGCAAGAUUUCGUUCAGAAAUUUUACGAAGGGCGAUCUUGCGCUCUUCCUCCCGACACGUAAUUCGGUGACGAAACCCUGGGCAGCAUUUAACGUGUCUUUCCCUCAUUACUUCCUGAAACCGACUGGUCAUCUUGGCGAGCAGCUGAAGACUCGUGAAUGGAUCGUCGCCCGCAUCACGUCCAUCACGGAGGGCGUGGUGGACCACAAGGAUGCCAGCACGAACCCAUAUGGUCUUGGGGAUGGCGUCAAGUACUAUAUGCUCGAAGUCGAAGAUUGGACUCAGCCAUCCUCCUCAUCAAAACGCCGGACAAAUGCAAAGAAGAGCCCUCUAUCACCAACUGAACCGGGACCGUCAACAACGCUUGAGGAGACGCGGGAGCCUACGCCUGGGCCUCCAGAUCCCGAUGCAGAGGUUGAGGAACCCUUCCCGUCGCGAUCGCCGACCUCGAACCAUUUUGCGUCUCGUGCGCGAGGCAACUCUGCGACCUCGGCAGGUCCGUCGUCCCUGUCGCGCCUCCUUGCGCAGGCCCCGCAGGAGAAUUCGUCGGAGAGCAGCGUGCAGUCGCGGCCGCACACGCCUCCGCUACUGACGCCGCCGUCAAUCCAAGAGCCUGAGCAGCCCCAGCAGCCUCCACCGUCUCCGCAAUCUCCACAACCACCGCAAUCUCCACAGACUCCACAUCCUCAACAGUCUCAACAGCCUCAACAGCCUCAACAGCCUCAAAAGCCGCCGUCGUCCCCGUCACUUACGAUCGUGACACCACAGAGCGCAAAUAUCCCACUGCCGCUGCGCUCAGGCUCUCGCGCAUCUCGGCUGUCGACCUCGUCGCGCCUGUCGAGUGCACGGCUACCGUUCGCCGGCGGUCCUGCCAAGGCCGUCGCGACGACCGCACUCGCAUCGGAACCAAUCACCCCGGGGUCGACAGUGUCCCCCUCGGAGGUGUUCAGCAGCCCGCCAGGGUCGCCCGAGGGCCUCAGCGCCUCACCGGACGGCUCGCAGACAGGCGGGCUCUCGAACGUUCUCGCGGCGCACCAACACGCCCAUCACCCCACACAUCUCGCGCGGCGCGGCAGCAGCCGCACGACGGCGUACCAGCCCGCGCGCGGCUCGCCGUUAAGUCCCACGGCCGCGCUGACCGCUAGCGCCACGGCGGGGCCCGUGCUCAGUGGCGCGGACGUCGCCUCUGGUGUGUCUGCGGGCCUGACCGCACGCACCCGCCUCGCAAGCCUCGCGAGCAGCUGGGGGGUGUCGUUUGGCCGCAGGCGGGGGAUGAUGGACUCGCCUGGCCCGCCGGGUGUGUCAGGCUCGGGUGGUGCGACGAGAGGCGCGAGCACGCGUGAGGAGCGCGCGAGCCAGUAGACGCGGCUCUGGGUCUGGAGUGCCUGUUUUUUUUUUUCGCGGGCAGGGGAAAAGUGGUGGCGGUCGCGCUGAUGCGUAGUUUAUCCGUUUGCUGAUUUUUUUUUUCGCUUUGCGAUGGUGCCAGCUCUAGACUGUCUCAUGCGUUGCUCUAUAUUUGCUGUCGAUGUUAACACGCUUGCAAUAAUGGUACUGCU